AUCAAUUUUUUCACCUGUCACCAAAACUGCCACCAAAGGAUGGCAUUAAUUAAAAUAACAUAAAAUUAUAUUUCUUGGCAUCUAUAACAAAAUUGAAAGUAAUGCAUUACAUUUGCAUGCAAAGUAACCAUCAAAAUGUAAUGCAUUAGGUAAAAACAUAAAAACAUCAUUUCGAAUAAUUGGAACGUAAAAAUAUUAUGCAUCCCGAAAAAUUGGGAUUUGAAGACUGCGACUUGAAUACUAUCUUCAAAGCUAUCGACAAAGAAACUCAAACCAUUAACAAACCCGUCAUAAAAGAUUCUGAACCUGCUUCGAGAUCGUACAAACUACCAUUACCGCGAGAGUUAGAACAGGCCGAAGAAGGAACAGUUAAGGUAUUUUCCUUUUGUAGGAUUAUCCAGGAUCCUGAAUGUCCUACGUCAAUUACUAUCGUAAGGGAAUCUGUAACUGAAGAGAGUCAUUCCCACACAGAUGCCGACGCCACUUCAAACAGAUACAGGUAUUGCAAAGAAGUUAUCAAACCUUAUUUGAAAGAAUAUCCUCCAGACUGUCCUGAUUCUGACGAGCUUCUCUUACGAGAUGCUAUUAUAGCAGCCAACGAAGAAUUUCCGGAAUGUCCUCCAUGCAUAGAAAUUGAAACUGAAGACGAAACCUGCGACUUAAAGCCCGAUACAAAAACAGAUACAAAAAAGUACAUUCCAACAAAGGCCAGCAAAGGCAGCAAAGUCAGCCAAGGCAGCAAAGUCAGCCAAGGCAGUAAAGUCAGCCAAGGGAGCAAAGCCAGCCAAGGCAGCAAAGUCAGCCAAGGCAGCAAAGGCAGCCAAGUCAGCAAAGGCAGCCAAGGUAGCAAAGGCAGCCAAGGAAGCAAAGUCAGCCAAGGAAGCAAAGGCAAGGAAAGUACCUGUAGCAAGAGCAAGAGUACGUGUAGCAAAAGCAAGGAAAGCACGUGUAGCAAGAGCAAGAGUACAUGUAGCAAAAGCAAAGACAGUACAUGCAGUAAAAGCAGUAAAGACAAAGCCAGCACAUGCAGUAAAAGUAGCAAAACUUGCAAAGGCGACAAAGGAGGCAAAUCAGACGGCGAAAGUCUCAAAAGCAAAUGUAGCAAAACCUGUAAAGGGAGCAAAGGCAGCAAAGAUAGCAUUAGUAGCGAAGGCAAGCGAGAUAGUAGAGGCGUCGCAUCUAAAAAGACAAGUGGUUCACGUUCUAAGAAGGCGGAAGAUUUUGAACGACAAGUACUCGUACUUUGUCCAGAUAAUCCAGAACCAACAAUUUGCAUACAAAUAACUGAUCCAGAUCUUUGUCCACCGGAUGGUAAUCAAGACGUACAGUGUGAUACGGUAAAGUCUGUUUGUAAGAAAGAAGAAGAGUGUGGUACGUUCACCCCUGAAUGUAUUGAAGAAAUACUCAAGAAACAUUGCGCCAAAAGGAAAGAAGAGUGUGCGGCAGACGAAGAUAAUAAAUCAAAAAAAGGGAGUCGGGGAUCAAAGGACGAUAAAAGUUAUAAUUCUAAAGGAGGCAGAGAUUGGGGUUCAAGGGAAGACAGAGAUAGUCAACCAAAGCGUUCACAUUCAAAGACAUCUCAAAAGGGAAGGCGUGAAGAAAUACAGGUGAGCCGAGAACAUCCAGAGUGCCUAGACGCUCCAAGGAAACGAGUUUGCGAAAUAAAAUCUGAUAAAAAAUUGUGUCCUUUUGGCCCACACGAUAACAAGCCAAGUUCGGUUUUACCAGCAAAGCUAGAUCAUUUUUCAAAGAACGACGACGACUUUUGUCCAGAAGACCUAGAUCACCAAGACUUUAGUUUGCACGAAGAGGACGAUACUGACUGUUCAGACAAAAAGGAUACUACUAGGGGGCCAACAAAAAGUAAUAGAUCAGUCAUUCCACCACCACCACCAACGAAAGAAGAAAUCAAACAAAGAAAAUCACAGAAAAGUUUCUGGCCACCAGGUGUUCAGCAAAAUAGAACAAACUCUUCGCCGCCUACAAAUAAAAAGGAUUGCCUUGCGAGGUUAUUGGACACGAUAGAUAGACAGAAGUCGGACGCAGAAACUUCCACAGGGAGAUCAAAUAAAUAUAAUAGAAGAAGUAUGGAUGACACAGGACCCAAUAAAAAGUGUGUACCAGUACCAAAAUCACCUCCACCGGUUAUAAGCAUACCGGUAGAAAAAUGUGGUAAUGACUCGAAUUGUGAGAAAAAAAACAGUUCUCAGAAAAGCCAUCGUAGGCGAUCAAAUCAUGAUAAUGAAAAUACCUCGUCAUCAGGAGCAGACGCGGGAGAAUGCGACGCACCAGGUCCUGGAGAUCCCGAUUCCGGCGGUCCCAACUCUGGGGGUCGCCAGCCUGGAAAUCGUAACUAUGGAGGUCGCAACCCUGGAAACCGCAGCUCUGGAAAUCGCACCUCUGGAGGUUCAUCAAUGGCAUCCGGGCCGAUGGAGGGAAAGACAGUGAAAACAGCCAUGGAUGCGCAUAAUGAAACGUUGGCUACCCUCAAAUGUGCAAUGGAAGACUUUAUGUGUAAAGUGUUCAGGUCAACGCAAGAGGCCGUAUCAAUGAUAACUGCUGAAGGUGCGAAACAAAUUGAAAAGUUAAGAAAAUCUGCAUCGACUACAAGUACAGAUUGCCCUCCUCCUAAGGAAGUAAAUAAUAGCAGUAGCAGGGAAAAACUGAGAAGAUUCAGUCUUGUGAACGUAGACGGAAUUGUGAAUGAUCCUCCUAAUAAGGAUUGCAUUGACACUAAUGCUCCAGAACCAGGCCAGACCCCGAGUCCCACUCAAUUGUUCAACAAGUUACUUACCAAAGUGGACUCUACAUUAUCGAUGCUCAGUGAUUCAUUAAGUAUAGGCGUACCUGUCAUGAAACCGCCCGAUUUCAACGAUUGUAGCUCGAAGUACGAUGUUCCGGUCGUUGUUCCACCAAACAUGCCAAGAGACGUAGAGAAUUUAAUACAAAAUCCAGGACCUUCCAAUAUGUUUACAACGAUAACAACAAAAUUAUGGUCGAUGCUUUACGAAGACGAGAAAACAGAAAAGGAAAUGUCUACAACAUCGAGCACAAACUCUGCAGCCACCAAAGAAAGUGACGAAAACCUCAUAAAUAAGCUAAUUGAUUAAAUUAACUGUCGAAAACCAAAAGCUUAUCAAUUUCGGCUUGAACACUUUCUAAGUACGAGUUUGUUCACUACUGGCCGGAUUUAUUCAGCCAUAAAUUCCAGUGUUUAA